AUGGUUAAUCGGGGUGGCCUUCCAAAGGAAAUAAUCUCGGAUAAUGGCACUAACUUUGUUGGAGCCAAUAAAGAACUUCAAGAGCUCGUAACUAGUUUAAAUAUAGAAAAAAUAAAACACUCAACAGCCAAUAAAAGAGUUAAAUGGAAAUUUAACCAUCCUAUCGGACGACAUUUUGAAGGAGUCCAUGAAACGAUGAUCAAGUCAGCAAAGAAAGCUAUAUAUAGUAUUCUGGGUAAAGCAGAUAUUAAUGAUGAAGAACUGAUGACAGCAUUUACAGGGGCAGAAUCAUUGAUCAAAUAUAGACCUUUAACAUACCAGUCUUGCAUUCUGAACAAUAAUGUCCCGUUAACACCAAAUCAUUUCUUGUAUGGUCGAGUACGCGGCGAAUUUGCACCGGAAAACGUUGAUAAUAAGGAUUUUAGAAUAAAUAAACGUUGGCGCAGAAUCCAAAACUUAUCCGUCACUUUUGGAAGUGAUGGUUGCGAGAGUGGCUUCCCACCGUAA